AUGGACGCAUCGCGCGCGUCUAUGGAUGCGGAAUCAACGCGUAUCGAAGGCGUGGCGAUGAAGGAGGCGACGGUGGCUGUGACGAGCGAAGAUGAGGAUGAUUUCGAAGAUGAGGAUGGAUUUUGUUUGGUGAGCGACGAGAGCGCGAGGCGAGACGCGCGGGCGUUCGUGGCGUCGUGCGUGGACGAUUGCGAUAUAGAAACGAUAGAGGCGGAUGAUAUUCGUCGAGCGAUCGCGAGGGCGAUGCUAGAGGCGCGAGAACGAAGCGGUCGGGGUAAAGGGUGGCGCGCGAGAGCGAGACGGACGAGACGAUGGACCAGACGCGCGUGGCGAUGGACCAAGAGCGCGAAAAAAGCGUCGGUGGCGCUUCAACAUCCGUGGACACGACGAGUGGCGAUGGCGGUGAUGUGUGGAACGGGUCGAGUGGCGUGGACGACGAUGGUGGCAUGGGCGAUGUGGUGA